AUGAUUGGAAAGCCGUAUGAUACACCUUCCGCUUCUCCGUUGCCACCUUAUCGUGUAUCUCAAGACGCUGCAUUUUCGCAAAUCGGUAUAGAUUUCGCAGGACCUUUAUUCGUUCGCGACAUUUACAACAAUGAUAAUCAAUCUUAUAAAUGCUACAUUGCCUUGUUUUCAUGUGCUAGUACGAGAGCAAUACAUUUAGAACUCGUUCCAGAUCUUCGUGGAAGUACCUUCAUUCGUGCGUUGAAACGAUUCAUAUCUCGUCGAGGCAUACCAGCGCGAAUUUUGUCAGAUAAUGGAAAAACAUUCAUCGAUUGUGCUGUGCAAAAAUUUGUAAAUAGUAAAGGUAUUGUUUGGAGAUUCAAUAUUCCGAAAGCGAGUUGGUGGGGUGGUAUAUUCGAAAUUAUGGUAAAACUAACAAAACGAUGUUUGAGAAAAACGCUAAAAAACGCUCUCUUGACUUACGAAGAAUUAGAAACCGUGCUAAUUGAGACUGAAGCGAUACUAAACUCGCGCCCGCUUACCUUCGUUUAUGAAGACGUAACCCAGACGCCAUUAACUCCAUCGUGCCUAAUUACAGGUCGCAGAUUACUCGAUAAACACGAAAUUACGCAAAACAACGCAGAUUCGGAUAAAACUACACUAACUAGACGCGCGAAAUAUCUCGAAACACUUCUUGGGAGAUUCGUUACACAGUGGAAAAAAGAAUAUUUGACUUCGCUUCGUGAAAGAUAUACUUCAAAAGGAAAACAAUUACGAAGGAUUCCAAAACAAGGAGAUAUAGUUACGAUUCACAACGAUAAAACGCCGAGACAGAAAUGGAAACUCGGAAAAAUCACGCGACUCCUACCAGGGCGAGACAACAUUGUACGUGCAGCAGAAGUAUGCACAACAGAUAAUUCGGGGAAAGUCGUAGUUUUGAAACGCUCGAUACAGCACUUGUAUCCUAUAGAGGUUCAAGAUUCGUUAGAACAAGUUGAUCAAGACAAAGUACCAGAAGAAGAAGAGGAUGUACAAAUCGCAAUUAUACGUGAUGAAGAUGUCACCACUUUUAUUAAAGGACGCUAA